AUUUUUACUCGUACAGCGAAUCAGGCGGAUUGGUGGCUUCGUCCCAAGAUGCUGGUUUAAUCGUGCGUUUCACGGAAUGUCACAUUUUUCCUACAACCCCGAUUUCAGAAUUACAAGAUAGGCCUUUUCCAAAAACGUCGGCAUGUUUAGUUAUAGGUGAUGAAAUUCUUGAAGGAAAGACUGUUGAUUCAAAUUCCGGAUUUUUUGCAAAAUUUUGUUUCAAUCUUGGGAUCUCUUUGAAAAGAAUUGAAGUAAUUCCGGACAAGGAAGAGGAAAUAAUUGAAGCUGUAAGACGUUUUAGCAAUAAUUAUGACUUUGUCAUUACUAGUGGCGGCAUUGAAGCAAAACAACGAAUGGCACUAUUCCCACAUCCAUCUCGUGUUAUUUUCCCUGAUGAAAAACUGUGGAUUCCUAUAGUUAUUGUUAAUGAGAAUAUUCAUAUCUUACCUGGUGUUCCAAAACUAUUUAAAGCAUUGCUUACUGGAUACAGUAAAUAUAUUAAAGGUGAUAAAUUUGUCAGAAAGUUUGUUAAAACAUAUUAUCCAGAGUCAUUUAUUGCUCCGAUAUUAACGGAAGCUCAAGAGAAAGUAAAAAACUUUGAUGUUAAAAUUGGUAGUUAUCCUGAAAUGACGGACGAUGAUAAGUAUGUAGUGAUAUUAAGUUUUUUAGCCAAAGAUAAUGCUGUAACUGCAGAAAUUGUUGAAAAAAUUUCCAAGGAAGUUUCUGAAAAAUUAGAUGGCGUGAUUGUUGAUUAA